CCAAUACAAAGAAACAAUCCACUUGUUUACAUGAUGUGCUAGAUGUAGAUUUUAAUAUGUGCUUUAUUUUAUACAAUUCAACCAAGUAUCUUGAAUCUCUGAUUUCGUCUAAUCGACAUAAACAUAUCGUGAUUUCAGUCAUUCUAGAUCUAUUUGUAGUCUUUGAACUGUGAUAUUUUUUAUUAUGCUUUAGAGAUGCCCACGAGCUUGAUAUAUACAAUGCAAUAGUUUACAGUUAAUCUGUUUAAUGUUUAAACAAAGAAAACAAUUGAGUACAAAGGACAAACUAAAGAAGAAUCACGACCAUAUAGAAUGGAACUCCAACUUGCAGACACGUUUUCAUGGUUGGUUGUGGUCUUGAUCAUUUCCUCUUUUCCAGACGUCGUAAGAAGCAACACUUUAAUCACAAGACCUGGAGCUAGCAGCACACAAUGUGCACAGGCUUGCCUCGACGAACGAGAGAUAGACUGUCGCUUUUAUAAGUUUGACAAGGUCAAGGAGACCUGUAUUCUUUCAGCGAUGCCUGACCCAACUGUCACGAACAUGAAGCAGCUAGAAAAACCUGAUGUUGGUCCUAUUAAGAAUGCAGCCUCGUCCUGGAUCGAGCAACUACAAGCAAGAUUGUUGGCCCUGGAACAGAAAAACAUUGACAUAAAGAACUUACAUAAAGAGACUGCGGAGCUAAGAGCCGAGGUAGCAGCUCUGAAGAAUUCUAGAGCCCUGACGCAUCACUUACUGAGAACCACUAAAGAGCAGACGGAUCAAAACAUUGCAGCUGAAGAUGAGAAAACGGAAGUGUUGAAGGCAGAAACCAAGCGCGUGGAGGACGCCAUAAUGACCUUGGGAGAACUUCAGAAGACCUUCAGCGAAAAGGUCAAAAAAAUCAACGAGGCUGAAAAAGCAACGGAUCUCAAAGUCGCAAUGCUGUCUCAGUCUGCCAAAGACAACAGGGCCAGUGUAAGAGAACUGGGCACUGAAGAGUCGGACCUUAAGAAUGGGCUGAUGAAUGUGAAGAGGGUAGAGGCGGAGCUGGAGGUCAGAUUUGCAGGGCUCUCUGCGGAUGUCAUGGAAAAAGUUGCCAGCAUAGACUCUAUGGUUGGACCAGAACUAAAGGAGAUGAGAGACUCCCAGGCCACACUGGCCGAAGCCUUGAGUCUCUUGACCAAGAAAAUCAUGACUCUGGCCCCCAGGAUACCAGCUUUACAGAAACAAAUCAACAAGAAAGAAGGCAUCCUGGCAGUCGUCUCUAAAAAGAUGCAGAGUUUUGAUAGUCAAAUUGACUUCUUGAAUGAAAGGUUGCGCUUUUCAGAGAAACAGUUACGUAAAGUCAUUGACCCAGGGUCGAAGCUGAAUGUGGAGAAUCGUCGAGUAAUGACCUAUUUACGAGGACAGGUCGCCUCACUACAAGGCAACCAGAAGCGAAUAGAGAAUGACGUAUUAGUUGAAAUUUCCGAUAGAUCUCAUCUUUACAAAGAAUUAGCAAGCCUGAAAGUGUCCAGGAAAGCGAUUGUUGAUAAGGUGGUCAGUCUUGAGAUGGCUAUGAGAAAUUUUAGAACCAGUAUCAGAAAACUGGCCAUUGAAGGGCCUAAAGGAAGAUUGGUGACCAACAUCUUGAACCGCCAGGUGGCAGCACUUAGGAGUCUGAAGAAGCUGCGAGACACUCAGGUGGAGAUCCAGAACGCUCUGAUCAAGUACAAGCUGACCAUGAUGAAGACUCACGAGGAUCUGUUGGAGCGAGACAGGAAGCGUGUCUUGAAUGAAGUGGCACUCAGAAAGCUUCAGAGUAAACUCUUGGAAGUGUACCGCAAGAUGGAAACUUCAGCUUCAACCAGUGUUUCCUCACAGGAAAUGUUGCAGCUGCUGAAGCAGCAGAAGGACACCUUAAUGAAAAUGUCGCUUAUCCAAAAGAUCCAGCAGGAGCUCCAGAAAGAGGUUCUGAAGUUCAGACAGACAAAGAACGAAGAGCUGAACAGGCUGGAAGAAGAGAGGAAGCAGCAUCAGAGAGACCUGCAGCAGCUGGAAGAGGUUAAGAGACAAACCAUAAACCUGUAUGACAUGCUGCAGACUAAACUGAAAAAAGAGGACGAGUCCGGCCGUCUGGAGGACAUCACGAAAACUCAAGAUAAUCUUGUGAAAACUUUAUCUGAUUACAAAUCAACGCUCGCGAAGACUCAAAAUGAGCUACAAGCCCAGAGAUUGAGACAAGCCCAGGAAGCUUCCAGCACAUCACAACUACGUCAAGAGUUGCGGGACUUGCAUCGCACUCUGUCCUCAGUCGUAGGGGAACCAAAUGAACAAUCAAUAGUGGCAGAUACUGAAGAUAGCAACUAAAGGACUACAAUCUGUUGUGAUGACAUCUCGAGCAAGUUCAAGGCUAUUACAAGAGCAGUCGCCUCGCCAGUUGUUGUUUUUUUUUUUAUUUAUGAGUAAAUCUUCAUUCAUAUGUUUAGUUUAUUUGUCCAGAUUCGCUGGCCACUACAUACUGUUUGAUUGUAUGAAUAUCAAACAGAUGUGGUUAAAUUGUCAUUGUCCUGGCAAAAUUUGAUUGAUUUUUUAAAAAGUGGCCACAGAAGUCGUAAUUGUGGUGAAACAUUCUGGUUGUAGAACAAGGACUAAACCUUUGACAGUCACAUGGACAAUGGGACACGCUUGACCUCCACAAGCCGCCAUGUGUGUAAGGACAGAAUUGAGUAUUAUGGUUGUAUAAAUGAAGGAAGCUACUGCUUCCAACACAUUGUAGUACAAGAAAGAAAUUACUUUACCUUCAAGGGAAACUUUAGUUUAUUUACAAAUACCUUUUAUUAUAGAGAUUUACCUUUCCCUCAAAUUUAUAUAGACUUCAUGAUAAUUUAUCUUUUAGAACUUGUUGUAGUGUUAAUUGAGUGUUUGGAAAUGUUUAUAAGUGCUAUUAUUGGUAUGUUUUGAUGACUGAUUUUUAAAUAAAUAAUUUGACAUUCAA